GAGACAACACAAUUUCACUGUUCCACAUGGACACAAGUGUGUGUGUGUGUGUGUGUGUGUGUGUGUGUGUGUGUGUGUGUGUGUGUGUGUGUGUGUGUGUGUGUGUGUGUGUCUGUGUGUGACUGAUCCAGAUGAGAAAUGUCCCUCCUGAGGACGGCCCGUCUCCCUGCUCUGAAGCUGCUGCAGUGUGUCCAUGAGCAGCACCUGCUGCUGGCCUCCAUCACAGCUUUCAAUCAGAGUACGUACCGCAGGCCCGGCCAGCCCAAAGACAACACGCCUCCGUGGAAAAAGAUCAACUUUAACUUUUCAAAAGGUUUGCAGGGGAUCAAAAAGAACUUCACGCUGUUGAAAAAGGAGCUUUGUGACCCCUGGGUCGGUCCAGAGGGCAAGAGCCUCCACGAGCACAUGCUGGAGCAGAACAGGGUUGUGUGGGAGUUCAGAGGUCCAGAGAGCCUGCAGGACUGGAUCGUGUCCUCUGAUGAAGUUAUAGGAGGCCAGAGCAAAGUUUACCUGAAGCUGGGGAAGAACAACACCUGUUUCCUGUAUGGGACACUUUGUUCAACUCCCCCAAAAGAUGGAGAAACACGCUACAGUGGAUACUGCGCCCUACGCUCCAAACAAGCUGUGAAAUCAUUUGACAGGAAAAAGCACCAUGACUGGACCAGCUUCAACACUUUACAUUUGAGGAUUCGUGGUGACGGCCGCCCGUGGAUGGUCUCCAUCGCUACAGAAACCUUCUACUCUCAUCAAGCUGAUGACCAGUACAACUACUUCCUUUACACCAGAGGAGGACCUUACUGGCAGGAUGUGAAGAUACCGUUCUCCAAAUUCUUCCUGAGUUAUCGAGGGAGAGUACAAGAUAACCAGUAUCCUAUCGCGCUGGACAAGAUUAACACCAUCGGGUUUACCUUGGGAGACAAAGCAGACGGUCCGUUCCAGCUUGAGAUCGAUUUCAUCGGUGUUUGCAAAGAUUAUGCCCACACUGAGGACAUUGCUUAUGAAUUGUACAAGAGGAACCCAGAGGUUUAAGGACCAGUUCACCACCAAAUAAAGACAUUAUGGUAUCUGCAGUACAUGGGGUGGGGCUUUUCUCCUAAACCUGAUUGGUGGGAUUGACUUGUGUUGUGAGGUAAUUUAAAAGAAAAAGUAACGGUUAUAGUAAAAUGAAUGUGAACAUGUAAAUAUGACUUAUUGACUGUCUAUGUACAGUUUAAUACAGUUUAGACCCAGCUUCUUCAAACCCCACCCAAAACAGACAAUUCAUCCUAUUACGUCUUUAACAAACCACGCCCACAAACGUCAAACACAACAAUGUCUCACACAAAACAAACUCCUACUAGUGACUGCAGAGACCUCCAUCUCAAUAAAGAUGCACUGACUCGUUUCAGUUCUUUGGAUUGAAA